UUUAUUUCUUGGAAGCAAGAAAUAAAAUGAAUUGAAGUGGAAAAAUAAGAAAAAUUUGUUAUUUGAAGAAAAAAAAUAUUAAUAUGGCAUCAUCAAUAGGACCAUGGUUGGGUGGUGGUGGACGAAGUAGAGAUAUGGAUUUUGUAAGCCCAUUUUCAUCUGAUGUAUUGGGCCUGGGCUUUGGUGGUGAAUUGGGCUUUGGUAAUGGAUUGGGCUUUAGGAAUGAUGAAAUUUCUGCUUUGGCCCAUGCUAGUGUCGACUGGCGUGAAACUGAUCAAGCUCAUGUUUUUCUUGUUGAUAUUCCUGGUGUGAAGAAGGAAGAUUUAAAGGUUCAGCUCGAAGAUAACAUAUUGGAGAUUAGCGGUGAAAGAGUAAAAGAGGAAGAAAAAGGCGAUGACAAGUGGCACCGCGUGGAGCGUAAACGUGGCAGUUUCUGCAGAAAAUUCCGGCUACCGGAAAAUGCCAACGUGGAAGGUAUAAGUUGUGGGCUUGAAAACGGAGUUUUAACAGUGAAUGUACCCAAAAAAGAAACACAGCAGGUUCCAAAAAAUGUUAAGGCUAUAAACAUAACUUAGUUUUUGCGCCUGUGAAUAUAGUAUGUGUGUAUUAAGGCUUUUAAAUAAGUGGAUCACUUGUAUGUACAAAUUAAAAAUAUCAAAUAGUAUUUUUUACAUUUUGUGUGAUUAUUUAA